ACCCCUCUCGGGUUCUACUGACGGACUCUUCACCCUUUUAUAAAAUCCAAUUAAUUGAUCCAUUUCAUUCCCGAUUCAAAUCCAAUUCUUCACUGCCCCCCCUCUCUCUCAGUCCGUGCUGCGAGAGAGACAGAGAAAGAGGUCAAAUAUUUUUCUCUAACUUUCCCUCAUUUAUACUAAAAACCUCUCUCCCCCUACUCCAUCUGUUUCUUCACUCGAUCUCCAUUUGUCUCUGCCUCGCUCUCUCUAAAAAUUCCAACUUUCUUUCUCUUAAGAAAAACACGAAACUUGUCUUCUUGAGUAGGCAGGAGUAUUUUAGUAUCGAUGGACGGCGGAGCAUCGUAUAAUCCUCGCACGGUAGAGGAAGUUUUCAGGGAUUUCAAAGGUCGAAGAGCUGGCAUGAUUAAAGCUCUUACUACUGAUGUUGAAGAGUUUUACCAGCAGUGUGAUCCUGAGAAGGAGAAUCUUUGCCUUUAUGGAUUUCCUAGUGAGCAGUGGGAGGUCAAUUUACCUGCUGAAGAGGUGCCGCCAGAGCUUCCAGAACCUGCUUUAGGCAUCAACUUUGCCAGAGAUGGGAUGCAAGAAAAGGACUGGUUGUCUCUGGUUGCUGUUCACAGUGAUGCAUGGUUGCUUUCUGUGUCCUUCUAUUUUGGGUCUAGGUUUGGAUUUGACAAAGCUGAUAGAAAACGCCUUUUCAGCAUGAUAAAUGAUCUUCCAACAAUAUUUGAGGUGGUGACCGGAACAGCCAAGAAACAAGUAAAAGAGAAGUCAUCGGUUUCGAAUCACAGCAGUAAUAGAACUAAAUCAAACUCAAAGCAGCGAGGCUCUGAAUCCCAGGGCAAAUAUUCAAAGGCAAUGCAAGCAAAAGAUGAAGAUGACGAGGGCUUGGAUGAAGAAGAUGAAGAAGAUCAUGGAGAGACUCUAUGCGGUGCUUGUGGAGAAAACUAUGCCUCUGAUGAGUUCUGGAUUUGCUGUGACAUCUGCGAGAAGUGGUUCCAUGGAAAAUGUGUUAAGAUCACCCCAGCUAGGGCUGAGCAUAUUAAGCAGUACAAAUGCCCAUCUUGCAGCAAUAAGAGAGCACGGCCUUGAUGAUAACCGGGUAGCUUGCUCUGUGUAAUAUGGUAUGUGGGACUGCUAACUGUUUAGAAGGUCAGGUUUGUUCGUAGUCAUGUGUCUUUGAUCUAGGAAAAAGUAUUCGGAUGCUAUGUGUAGGUUGCAAAAUGUGCUGUUUAUCUGAUCACAAAUUAGGAUAUUUGUAUACUUUCAGCCUGGGAACCAUUUUCCCAUGAUUGGGAUAAGUGCUUGUUUUAUUUCUGUGACAUGAUGUUUAUAUGCAAUCUGUCCAGUUCUCUGAAGACUGUU